AUGGUCUGGAUCGAACCCACGACCUCCUGCGCACCAGAGAGAGACACGCAAACCGUGGAGGUGUGGGCCCGUCCAGAGGGCGGUCAACGCAGCCCCGCAGUCAUCGCCGGCCUCUUCGACGACUGCCUCUACGGCCGGCACGACAAGGGAUGGUCGCUCGGCAUCGCCGCCGCGGACGCCCGCGCCCCGACCCGCUCGCGCUUCUACUUCUCCUUGAGCGCCGACAACUCGCGCUCGGCCACGACGCUCGCAUCGCCCCGGCGCUACGUCCCUGACGAGUGGACCCACCUGGCCGCCACCUACGACGGCCGGCGGCUCGACCUCUUCGUGAACGGCGCGUGGGUGGCCGGGUCUCGCGUGCCGGGCCGCGCGGGGCCGCUCUUCGCCCCAGGGGUGGCCGUCUGCAAGACGCUGGUGGCGGGUGGCGACAACGCGCGGGGCGGGCGCGCCUACCGUGGCCUCCUGAGCGGCCUGCGGCUCUGGCGGCGGGCGCUCGGCUCCGGCGAGAUCCGCGCGUGGGCCGAGCGAGGGGUCCGCUCCAGCGGCGACGGCGACGCGCCCGCGGCGGAAGUCGCGGGCGGCGACGACUUCGGCGAGCUCGAGGACGGCGGCUGCGGCGCGGGGACGGCGGCCGAGCCGGUGCCGGUCCCGCCGCCGUGCGGGCGGACGGCGUGCGACGACGUGCGCGUCGUCUCCAGCUACGACGGCCACUGGCCGCUGCGCGAGCCCAAGGUGGCGCGCUACCGCCUGGUCAACGUCUACGGGGCCCCCGGCGAAAACCCGACGGUCAGCCGCGAGCAGGUCGAGGAGCAGCACCGCGUGCUCAACCAGGCCUUCCAAAGGUACAACAUCUCCUGGGAGCUCACCGUCGUGGACGUUGUUAAUGCCUCGCUGCGCCAGCGCAUGAUCCUGGCCAACUGCGAGCACGCCAAGGUGGGCGAUGGGCACUGCGACCCCGAGUGCAGCCACCCCUUGACCGGCUACGAUGGGGGUGACUGCCAGCGACACGCGGCCGAUUGCGAUUGGGACGCGAUAGCGAACGGCGUUUGCGACCCCGAGUGCAACACGGCGGAAAACGCGUUUGACAACGGGGACUGCUGCGAGCAGACCUCUGGCAAGGUGACGGAGACCUGCUUCGAUCCCGAGUCGCCCAACAGGAUCUACCUGGACGUGGAGGAGCUCCAGGAGAUGUUGAUGCUCGACGGCUCGACGCAUCUCAACGUCUACUUCGCAAACUCCGCCGGCGAGGACCUGGCCGGAGUGGCCACUUGGCCCUGGGAUAAGAAUGCCCUCACCCACCUCGGUGGUGUGGUGCUCAAUUCCACGUACUAUGGCAAGGCCGGCCACACGCACACCAUCAUCCACGAGCUGGGCCACGUCCUCGGACUGUACCACGUCUUCCGGGGGGUGUCGGAGACCGAAUCCUGCGACGACCCCUGUCGGGAGACCACGCCGUCGCUGGAGACGGGAGACCUGUGCGCCGACACGGCCCCCACGCCGCAGAACAAGCUGUGCCACGACCCAGAGCCUCGCAACGACACCUGCGGCCAGCGCCACUUUCAGCACACGCCAUUCAACAACUACAUGGGCUACGGAGACGAUGACUGCACCGACUCAUUCACGCCGAACCAGGUGGCGCGCAUGCACUGCUACCUGGACCUGGUGUACGAGGGCUGGCGCCUGGACCGCGCCCCCCCCCCCGUGCCGAUGCCGCCGAUCCCCGUCGCCCAGGACGAGGGCUCCCUCACCCUGCAGUGGAUGCCCCCCGUCAACGGCCACGUCUUCCAGAGAGAAGCGGGAUCUGCGUGCGACCUCUGCGGAGAGGACGGGCGUCUCGCGCAGUUCGCCCACUCCGCCUCGUCCCCGGUGCCUUACCCCUCGGGACACUGGAGCCCGAAGGAAGCGGAGGGUCCCCCGGACGUGGAGAGGCCGUGCGAGUCCAGCCUGCGCUCCUGGAGCCCCGAGCUGCGCUCCGGGCAGCGGCGCACGCCGGCGGCGAGGUGCCCCCAGCCGUCCGGCUGCGUCCUGGAGCUCUCCUUCAGCCUGCCCAGCCUCCCCGAGCUCCUCAGCAUCUGGGUCACCUACAUCUUCCUGCACAACUCCCACCCCAUCAAGGACCUGGUCAUCCUCACGGCCGACGGGAGGAACGAGUCGCUGGGACCCCAGACGGUGUUUUGCGACGUGCCGCUGACGGUGCGCCUGGACUGGCUGCUGGCGCCGGUGGAGUCGGUGCGCAUCCACACGGCGGACGAGCGGCUGGAGGUGGACGCCGCGCUGCUGCGCUCGGCCCCAGGCGACGGGCGCUGCUCCCGCUGCCGCCCGCUCUCCUACAAGCUGUCCCGCUCGCCGCCGUUCCACCCGCACGGGCACGUGGCCGUCGACGGGCCGUCGCGCAGCUUCGUGGACAG